AUGGCAUCGCUCAAUCAUGACUCUGAGUUGAUGAUGCAGCACGUCGCUGCUGUAGCAGUUCCUAACUCCUCCCGCUUUGUUACGGUGAAAAAUCAUGAUGGUAGUCCAAUGGUCUUCUCUCUCGGAACGGACAAAAGGCUUUAUCUCAUCAUCAAUAACCGUGGCGGUCAGCGCAUCCUCAUGGAUUUUGGCUAUGACCUUCUUAGACUCGAUAAAGACUAUAAGGUGUAUGCCUUCGACGUUGCACAGGACAUAGACUCCACACUCUACAUCAUCUUGGCUACGGAAGAUCAAAGCUCUGGAUCUGAUCUUAUUGUUCUUACACCGUUCAAACCGGAGGAGUAUGAUAUGGCUGAAAAGUCAACAGAUCUGCGUUUACUUAAGAUGGCGCAAAAGGGGAAACCCACGAAGACGAUUGUCAAGUCAAUAUAUAUGACAAACUGCAGUAGGGCCCCUGGGCAGCUCUACCCUCCAGUUAUAUUUGCAUUCCAGCCGCUGCAUCGCGUUUCUAAGACAGAGGACGUAGCUCGACUGGUUGCUGAUAAAUCUUCCAACACCUGGGACAUUGAAUAUGACCUUAGCUUGCCUGUGAAUGCGUUCAAAAUGCUAGCAAUACAGCCCGUCAACCUACCCUUGAGAGUCGAUGGGCCCUUGCCAGGAUUUGUGGCAAUCUAUGAAAUUCAAGGGCUUCUUCAAUUAAUCUUCAUGGCAACUAAGAUGAUGAACAGCACCUAUACCAAAGUCACUCUGAAAUGUCCUCCCGGGGCGGCGACCCUAUCCACCUUCAUCAACUCUGACGGCUAUACCGAUCUCCUUGUAGGCGGGGCAGGCCUGUACCAUUUCACAGCCAAGCAAAUCUUGAAAAAAGACGAGGAUUAUCAACAGCUCAGCAACAGCGGGGUUUUCUCAUCAAUCAAUCAACUCCAUGUUACACAGACCACUGAAGGAAUUUCUGCCUGGGCUGCCAACUCCGCAAACGGUAUCGGCUAUCUCACAGCGGGACUAACAUUCGAGACACACACAGAACCCGUACAGGUCAUCCCCGACUCACAGGGGGGUCAAUUCUCACCGUUCAGGCCCAGCAGCAGCGAUCCGGAGCAGUUUAUCGUCUCAGACAACAAUGGAAAGCUCACGUUACUCCAAUACGACAGGGACCAGCAUCUCUGGGACAACGUUCCGUUUUUCACACCCGCACUCUCUACAACAGUUGAGUUCCGCUCGUAUACUACACAGAUCACGCUGACCGGUGCCGACAAACUACCACUUGGAAACACUGAGGUAUUGCUAAAGAGCUCUGGACACCUUAGGAUCACCGUCAAUGGGGUUGCAGUCGUCACAAAUCCAGAUAAGGCUGUAGCUGUGAGAACAGAUAGUUCAGGACAUAUCACGCUCAUCAUCCCGACGAGUGGGAUAGCUUCAUACGAGUUUAAUGUGAUUGGAGCACCUGGCGGGGAGUUGGAAGGCAGAUCUUGGGUUGUCGAUCCGACAGAGAAAGUCAAUAGGGUGCUUGAUAGCAUUCAUAACGCCAGUGACUUGAUGAAUGCCAGAUUGCAAUCCGGGGAGAAGCUAUUGGCGGGAACAAACCUCACGCAGAAUCAGAUUGAACAGGCUGCUAAAGCUAUCGAGGCCGUACAAAACGCUCGCAAGGAUAUCUUGAAUAAAAAGAGUUCUGAAAAGACGAUAGAGUUUGAGGGGAGGGUGCAGUACUCCGUUGCUGCUGCUCCUCCCACCCCAGCCACAGAGUCUAUGGUUGGUCCUGAGCCGGAAAGCAUUGUCCAAAAAGCUUCAAGCGGAGACGGCUUCGUGGACAUGGUUUGGGACGCCUGGUACUGGCUCGAAAGCAUGGCAUCCAAAGUGGUGUCUUGGUCAAUCCAAAAGUUGAAAGAAGGCGCCGCCUUCAUAGUGCAAAUUGGUGAGAAGGUUUACCGCUGGGUAAUGGACGGUUUAGCGCAGAUUGGCAAGGCGCUAUCUUGGCUCUUCGAAAAGGUUCUCGAGAUCGGCGAGAAGGUGAUUGAAUGGCUUGGCUUCAUAUUCAAUUGGGGCGACAUCAAGGCUACCAAGAACUCGAUCGUGCAUCUUACCAACAGCGCAAUUGAUUGUGGAGUGGGCUACAUAGACACACUUCAGAGCAAGGUAGACGUAUUCUUUGACGGGAUCAUCAUUCAGCUGGAGGAGUUCGCCGGCAAGUCACGGCCAGCGAGUAUAAAUAACGUUACUGCGAAUGGUGACUCCGGGGACGAGAAGCCGAAAAAUGCCAUCAACAGUGCAGGAGCAAACUGGGCGCAGUAUCAGUUUGUACACGGCGGUGGUGCAAGCGCAUCGGUCAUGCAAGGCAAGGAAGGCAAGCAAGGCAAGGCUACCACGCUCGAACAUCUCUGGUCAGAUGUGAUCGUUCCACUGGGGGAGACUCUCAAGGGUCUAGUAGAAGAUCUUGCAGAUCUUAUCUGCCGACUAUUUUUUUUCUCGGGUGAUAAGUCACUAUCGGUUGAUCAGGCAAUGGAGCAGAUUACGGGCGACAUCCUCAUCAAGCUUGUAGACGGUAUCCGGAAAGUCGCCGUCGGGAUCGUAGGAGUGGUAAAGUCCCUUGUCGAGGAAUUUAAAGAUUUAAUUAAUACCGAGAUCACCAUACCCGUCUUUUCCAGUCUCUACAAGAAUUUCCUCAGCGGAAAUGACCUUACAGUGCUGGACGGUAUUGCCCUGAUCCUCGCGAUCCCGAUCACCGUAAUUUACAAAAUCAUCGCCGGGCGAGCACCUCCGGAUAUGACGGGAGUAUCGUAUGGCCAAAUUAUCGACUGUUCAAUCAAAGACCAACAACAUCUCCUUGAGUUCAAUCAUUUCAGCAGUGUAACUAGCCUCGUGGGCAACGGAAUAGACGGCCUCCUCUCCACCUUAUCAAUAGCAACAAGCGCCGUACCAGCCAGGAGCACAUCCCUUAGCACAAAAACCGUAGGCUCAGCCGUCCUUGACAAGCCAAUGAAAGGUGCGGCAAAGGGAGGUGCUGGCGGUUCAGUAGAUGUCUCCAAGGGACAUUGGAAGGAUAUGCUAGGCGUAAUCUCCCGUCUCGCGAGUAUCCCCACCGACUCCAGUCUUCCGGCCUAUGAACUACGCUGGGUCUCUUGGGUAAUAUCUUGCUUAAAUACCAUCGUAGAGAUGGCGUCAAAGCAUAUUAACGCAGCGGCCUCGGUCGCUGUAGAGAGGGUGGUGGCGGUAAUUGAGGGUGCUCUGGCUGCUAUCAACUAUGCUCUUCUCGUGUCGGUCAAGACAAUCGAGUUCCAAACCGCCAGCUUCCCUGGUAAGAAUGAUACCUACGAAGCCUUGAAGCUUACCUCUGGCACAUUCGAUCUGUUAGGUGCUUUAAGCGACGGUAUUGAUCCUGCAACUAAGGGAUGGGCAGCGGUCUGUUCUGUAGCUACAAAAGCAAUAUCAUAUAGUAUCGAAGGUGGGGUGGUAGUAGCAAAAAUAAGCGAUGGAGAGUUUAACGAAAUCAUCGCCAAGGUUUUGUAA